AUGACUGAUUACACCUCAUGGAAGGUCGCUGACCUGAAGUCGGAGCUGAAGAAUCGCGGUAUCCCCCAGACUGGCCUCCGCCUCAAACAACAGAUCAUCGACAAGCUGCUUGAGGAGGAUGACAAGGCGCAACCUGAGGGAAAUGCUAUCGCCUCUGAAUCCGAACCACAACCUCAAGCUGAGUCAGAGCAAGAACCCGACGCCGAGAAGGCGCACGCCCCAGAUAAUGCUCCUCCCGCGCAAGAAUCGCAACCCGAACCUACGCCCGAAGAACCCCAAGAGAAACCUGUAACACAAGAAGAACCUGUUCAACCCACUCCUACCCAUGACGAGGAAAAGACCGAGGAUGCAGCCGAACCUCAAGUAGCUGCCGAAAAGCCGGAAGAGGAAAAACCAAUUGAAGGGGAAACCACAGAAGCCGCGGCGCCUGAGGAAAAGGUCGAAGCACAACCGGCUGAGGAGGCUCCUGAGGAAGCUGCUGAGCCGACGAAAGCUGAUGAGCCUUCAAUGCCUCCUCUUGCCCCGUCAUCCGAAGCUAACACGGGACUUUCCACGCCUCUCCCUAUUGAAGAGGCGUUGGAAGAUAAACGCAAGCGCAAACGUCGCUCCCAAAGCCCCGUCCCUACACCGGAAGCGAUGGCAAACAAGAAAGCUCGAGCACAGGAAGCUAGUCCCCGGGUCCAGAUGGACGAGGACCAUGAAGAUUCUACUCAGGACAAAGAGCCCGUGGCUUCUACAGAGGAGCAGAGUGCGCCCGCGAAGCAAGCCCCGUCUGCACCACACAAGGAUGCGCGCUUCCGGGGUCUCUUCGCACCCACCCGCCCAGCUGCGGAUAGGAUAUCUCCUCCGCCCCCGGCUGGUGACAUUACAAUGGAAGAUGUGGAAGUCGAACCAGCCUUGCACCCAGCAACCGCUGCCGUCUACAUCGAUGGAUUGAUGCGCCCAAUGCAGCCCCAAGCACUCCGCAACCACCUAGUCAGUCUCGCAACUGCACCCGGCUCCGAACCCAACCCCAGCGUUGUCCAAGACUUCUUCCUCGACUCAAUCAAAACCCACUGCUUCGCCGGAUUUGCCGACAUCGCCGCCGCAUCGCGCGUCCGCGCCGCCCUACACAAUACUACAUGGCCCAACGAGCGCAACCGCAAGAUCCUCCGCGUCGACUUCAUCCCCGAAGACAAAAUCAAAGAAUGGAUUCAAACGGAGGAGUCAUCUCGCAACCGCGCUGGCCCCCCUGUCCGCUGGGAAGUACGAUACGAGUCCACGGAAGACGGCAUGCGUGCCAUGCUCGCGGAAUCAGACGGGGUGAACUCGCGCGCAGCUCCGCCACGAACACGAGAUGGGUUCAACAGGACUCCACCUUUGGGUCCGCGUGGCAGUGUUGCGCAGGCACAGGCGGAUCGUCGGCAGUCAAAUGCCCCACCUGCGCCUCCGUCGCGGCCCGGACAGGGGUUUAAGCCUCUGGAUGAGAUUUUCGAAUCUACUACCACGAAACCUAAGCUUUACUAUAAGCGCGUUCCGCGUAAGGUUGCGGAUAAGCGAUUGGAUCAGUUCGAUGAGUUGUUGAGUAAGGGUUCGUUCCCGCGUCGUGGGGGCGAUGAGAUGCGACGCAUUACUUUUGAAGAUGAUGAUUACUUUGUGGAUGUUGGGCCGGAAUAUGGUCCUCGAGCUUUGCAGCGACGUCAAGGACGAGGAGGCCGGGGAGGACGACGACGUGAUUAA